UAAACUGAUUUAAUAAUGGACAUUUAAAGUUGACAUGUAAAUAAAUAUACAAAAUAUUAAUUACAAACACCUUUUUUGGGAAUGAAUCAUUGAAUAAUUAUCCAACAACAAUGUCUACCGGAGUGUUACAGCAAUUAGUAAACGGGAUUAAAUCCCGUCAUUCAGAAACACGAAUGAAAGCAACGCGUGAUCUUUGGCUUUAUAUAAAAACUGAAUUGCGUGAAAUACCACCAGAAGAUAUGAAUGCAUUUAUGAAUAAAUUAAAUGAUCAUAUUUUAGAAAUGAUGUCGAGUAAUGAUGUUAACGAGAAAAAAGGUGGAAUACUUGCAAUCCAAUGCGUUAUUGGUACAGCGGAUGUUUUCAAUACGAAAACAGGAAUAUCCAGGUUUGCAAAUAUUUUACGAAAUCAUUUGCCAAUGGGUGAUCCGGUUGCAAUGGAAAUGGCAGCUUUUACGAUGGGUAAAAUUGCUUUAGUUUCUGGUACUAAUGCAGCAACAUAUGCUGAAUUUGAAGUGAAAAGGGCAUUUGAAUGGUUGGAUCGUGAUCGUAAUGAAGCCAAAAGGCAUGCAGCCGUAUUAAUUUUACGAGAAUUAGCGUUAGCUAUGCCCACAUAUUUUUAUCAACAAGUUUCGGCAUUUUUUGAUAAAAUAUUCAUUGCUGUCCGUGAUUCACGAGCAUUGGUUCGUGAAGGAGCUGCUAGUGCUUUACGAGCUGCGUUAGUAGUAAUUGCACAACGAGAGUCAUCAAAACAAGCUAAUAAACCACAAUGGUAUCGACAGUGCUAUGAUGAAGCCAUAAAUCUUCUCGACGAUGUGAAUGCUAGAGUAGAACGAGGUGUAACUCGAGAUGAUCGAUCACAUGGUGCAUUAUUAGUUUUAAACGAAUUAUUGCGUUGUGGAAACUCAAAAUGGGAACGGCGUUGCAAUAAAUUACUAGAAGGUGCUGGUAUUUCUGUUAUAAAUCGUUUAUCAGAAGAUGUUGCUGGUCUGUCAUCUACAGCUAAAGAAAAUCCUUCUUCAUCUCGUGCAGAUGCCGAUACUGAUCCAAUAUUACAAACACCAGAAUCCGCUGCUUGCCGGCAGCUUGUAGAAGAACGUUAUACUAAUAUUUGUACAGAUGUAUUAGAUAGAAUAUCACGACCUGGGCAUGUUCAGAAUGCUUUGUUAGAUAUUCUUCCACGAUUGGCUGGAUUUAACAGUGAAAAAUUCACUAAAAAUUAUUUAAACAUUACUAUAGCACAUUUAAUUUCGAUUAUUAGAGGCAGGGAUAAAGAACGAUCAGCUGGCUUUAUUUCUACGGGGCUCCUAGCUGUAGCCGUGGAAAUGGAAAUGAAACCAUUUAUACCAAAAAUAUUGGAAGCAAUUCGUAGUGCCUUUCCCAGUCGUGAAACACCCAGUAAAAAACGUACCCCAUUAACUCCUGAACCUGCAGUUUUUGCAUGUAUCACUUUGCUCGGACAUGCUGGUGUUUUAGAACCAGCUGAAAUUGUGAAGUUAUUAGAACCAAUUUUAAGUGCAGGAUUAAGUACACCUUUAACAACUGCUUUACGAGAAUUAUCUAUAGCAGUACCUUCAGUUCGAAGAGAAAUUGGAGAUGGUCUAUUAAAAAUACUGGCACAAAUUCUUCUCCAACGACCUAUCCGUCAUCCAGGAAUGCCCAGGCAUUCAAGACCAUCGAUUAGUUUACCUGAACAACCAGACAUACCAUCUAUUGUUUUGGGAUUACGAACCCUUGGAACUUUUGAUUUCGAUGGACAAAGUUUAUUGCAAUUUGUAAGACGUUGUGCUGAACACUUUUUAAAUUUUGAACAAGGAGAAGUACGAUUAGAAGCUGUACGAACAAGUGGUCGCCUAUUACGAAUUGCAUUAGAAGGACCUCCUAGUAAAACUGUUACACUUACAGCCAAAGAUGUACUUUCGCGAUUACUUACAGUAGCUGUAACAGAUACAGAUCCGGAUGUAAGAUUUUGGGUUCUUGCAUCGCUACAUGAAAAUUUUGAUCCACACCUGGCCCAAGCCAAAGCUUUAACAAUGUUAUUUGUUUGUCUUCAUGAUGAAGUAUUUGAAAUUCGAGAGUUUGCACUUAGUACUCUUGGCAGGUUAAGUUCUUUAAAUCCAGGAUAUGUAAUGCCAGCAAUUAGGAAAACUCUAGUACAGUUACUCACUGAAUUAGAACAUUCAGGUUUGGCAAGAAAUAAGGAGCAAGCAGCAAAAUUAUUGGGUAGACUGAUUAUAAGUGCACCAAGAUUAGUUCGCCCAUACACAGAACCAAUUUUAUCAACUUUAGUACCAAAACUACGUGAUUCGGAACCUGUAGUUUUAUCUGUUUUAAAAGCAAUUGGUGAUUUGGCUGAAGCGGCUGGUGGAACUGAUCUCUUACCUUGGGGAGAUGAAUUAUUGACUGUCUUAUUAGAAAUAUUUGGCGAUACUGCUUCUGUUGAAAAAAGAGCGGUUGCAUUAUGGGCUUUGGGUCAACUUGUAUCAGCUACUGGCCAUGCACUUCAACCGUACUCACGACAACCAGCAUUAUUGGAUGUUCUUUUAACGUUCUUAAAAACAGAACAACGACCUAGAGUUCGAAGGGAGACAUUGAGAGUAUUAGGAUUGUUAGGAGCUUUAGAUCCAUACAAACGACGGGAACCUGAAGAGCCCACAGCGUCAACAGAUUUAACUAGUAGUGAAAUGUUAAUUAGUACCAAUGCAUCAGGAACAUUAGAGGAAUAUUAUCCGGCUGUUGCUGUAUCCACAUUGAUGCGAAUUGUUCGAGAUCCAAAUUUAGCUCAACACCAUACAAUGGUUAUUCAAGCAGUUACAUUUAUCUUUAGUAAUUUAGGAAUAAAAUGUGUUCCAUACAUUCCUCAAGUAUUUCCAAACUUUCUUCAUAUGAUCCGUACUGCAGAUUUUAGUUCGCGUGAUUUUAGUUCCAGAGACUUUUUAUUACAGCAAUUGGCUUUUCUCGUCGCAAUUGUAAAGCAACAUAUACGUAACUAUUUAGAUGAUAUUUUUGCUUUAAUGAAAGAAUUUUGGACGCCAAAUAGUCCCUUGCAAGGUACUCUAAUAUAUCUUGCUGAGUUUAUUGCUGUAGCUUUAGGAGCAGAAUUUAAAAUUUAUCUACCUCAGCUAAUACCACAUAUUCUUCGUGUACUAACACCUGAUCCAAGUAAAGAUGAAACAGUAGUGUUAAAAAUGUUAACCGCAUUGCAAAAAUUUGGAAGCACUCUUGACGAUUAUCUCCAUUUAGUGUUACCAGCUGUGGUACGGUUAUUUGACGCUCCCGAUUGUCCACUUGCUGUCAGUAAGGCUGCAUUACAUACAGUUGAUCAGUUAGCAGACACAUUAGACUACACUGAUUUUGCUUCAAGAAUCGUACAUCCAUUGAUACGUACUCUAGAUAACAAUGCGGAACUUCGCCCGACUGCUGUCGAUACAUUAUGUGCAGUGGCUGCCCAAUUAGGUCGUAGAUAUGCUCCUUUUGCACCGCUAGCAGCUAAAACUUUGGCUAAACACCGUAUUGUGUGUUCUCGACACGAAGCUUUAGUGACAAGAGCAAUGGCUGGAAGUACUUUAGCUGAAAUUGGAACAGUUCGACCCACACCUCGAUCAAUACCAGUUCAAGAUGUACCUUUAAAACCAAACGAUACUACCACGAUAAAACGACUAAAUGUGCGAACAGCAAAUUUACAAAUUGCUUGGGCUGCUACCAGACGUGUCAGCAAAGAAGAUUGGCUAGAAUGGCUUCGUCGAUUAAGUAUUGGUUUAAUAAAAGAAUCACCUAGCCCUGCUUUACGUUCGUGUUUAGCUGUUGCACAACAUUACUCUCAACUAUCAAGAGAUUUAUUUAAUGUUGCUUUCGUAAGUUGUUGGGUAGAACUUACUGAACCAUUGCAAUCGGAAUUAGUUUCUAUAUUAGAACAAGCUUUAAUGGUACCAGAUGUGCCAGAAGUAACACAAGCUGUGUUAAAUCUAGCUGAAUUUAUGGAACAUUGUGAUCAUGGUCCGUUACCAUUAGAACCUCGCCUAUUAGGAGAACGAGCUAUGCAGUGUCGAGCAUAUGCAAAAGCUUUGCAUUACAAAGAAGCUGAAUUUCAUGCAGGCGCAAGUUCUCAAGUAGUAGAAGCUUUGAUUUCCAUAAAUAAUAAACUACAACAAAAAGAAGCUGCACAAGGACUUUUAGAACAUGUUAUGGAAAGACGUGAUGAUCAAUUACAAGUACAAAUUCGAUGGUAUGAAAAACUUCAUAGUUGGGAAACCGCAUUAAAUUUAUAUUCGGCUCGUCCCCGAUCCGAUGAAGAUGCACAGCUUGGACGUAUGCGAUGUUUAGAAGCAUUAGGCGAAUGGGAAUCGUUAAAUGAAUCAGCUGAACAGUUAUGGCCUGAUUUAGGAGAGAGUGGGCAACAAAAAGCUGGAAGACUUGCAGCAGCUUCUGCUUGGGCUCUCGGUCGAUGGGAUUGUAUGGAACGUUAUGUUCGUGCUAUACCUACUGAAACACAAGAUGGAGCAUUUUAUAGGGCGGUUUUAGAAGUACACAAGGAUGAGUAUAAGAAUGCACAAAAAUUAAUAAACACAGCUCGUGAUUUAUUGGAUACAGAAUUAACUGCAAUGGCUAGUGAAUCGUAUCAAAGAGCGUAUGGUGCUAUGGUAUACGUACAAAUGUUGGCUGAAUUGGAAGAAGUUAUUCAAUAUAAAUUAGUGCCAGAAAGAAGACCAUAUAUUCGCGCUAUGUGGUGGCAACGUUUACAAGUUGGUCAACAUGUGGCUGAAGAUUGGCAACGAAUUCUACAAGUGCAUUCAUUGGUUUUAUCACCACAAGAAGAUAUGCAUACAUGGUUAAAAUAUGCCUCUCUAUGUCGAAAGAGUGGAUCUUUGAAUCUUUCACAUAAAACAUUGGUAAUGUUAAUGGGAAUCGAUCCUUCAUUAAAUCCAGACGAACCGUUACCGAAUACCCAACCGCGAGUGACAUUAGCUUACUCAAAACAUUUAUGGAUGUCAAAUAAAAAAGAUCUUGCAUUUAAUCAACUUCGACAAUUUGUCCAUACAUAUGCUGCGCAAAGUAAUGUCGAUACACGAUUGCUGGCACGUUGUUAUUUAAAGCUCGGAGAAUGGCAAGAAUCACUACAAGGGUUCAAUGAACAAUCAAUUUUAUAUGUUCUUCAAUGUUAUGCAGCUGCUACCCAACACGAUCCCUCAUGGUAUAAAGCAUGGCACGCUUGGGCUUACAUGAACUUCGAAACAGUUUUAUUCUAUCAACAACAAGAUGAACCUUCCGUUCAUCAAUUCACUGUUUCAGCAGUUGGUGGAUUUUUCCAUUCGAUUAAACUUUCUAGAGGUAGUUCAUUACAAGAUACAUUACGGUUAUUAACACUUUGGUUUGAUUAUGGACACAUGCCUGAGGUAUGUGAAGCUAUCGAAGAAGGUAUUAAAAUAAUUGAAAUUAAUACGUGGCUACAAGUAAUUCCUCAGUUAAUUGCUCGAAUUGAUACGCCUAGAUUACCGGUUGGACGAUUAAUCCAUCAUUUAUUAAUUGAUAUUGGAAAAUCUCAUCCACAAGCUUUAGUAUAUCCUUUAACUGUUGCUGCUAGCAAAUCAACGCCAGUGGCUAGACGUGAUGCAGCUAACAAAAUUUUACAAAGUAUGCGUGAACAUUCUCCUGUAUUAGUUGAUCAAGCAGGGCUAGUAUCUAAUGAACUAAUUCGUGUUGCUAUCCUUUGGCAUGAGUUAUGGCAUGAAGGAUUGGAAGAAGCCUCGAGAUUAUAUUUUGGUGAACGAGAUGUACGUGGCAUGUUAGCAAUUUUAGAACCUCUACACGCUCAACUAGAAAAAGGACCAGAAACGCUUAAAGAAACAAGCUUCCAUCAAGCAUAUGGUCGGGAUUUACAGGAAGCUCACGAAUGGUGUCAACGAUAUAAAGCUUCUAGAAACGUAAGAGAUAUUAAUCAAGCAUGGGAUUUAUAUUAUCAUGUAUUCCGAAGAAUUUCUCGACAUAUUCCUCAAUUAACCACACUAGAAUUACAAUUCGUAUCUCCAAAACUUCUUUUAUGUCGGGAUAUGGAAUUAGCUGUUCCUGGAAGUUAUUCACCUGGACAACCUAUUGUUCGUAUAGCACAAAUUAUAAGUUCCCUUCAAGUUAUUGCAUCCAAACAGCGGCCUAGAAAACUAUGUAUUCGCGGUGAUAAUGGAAAGGAGUAUAUGUUUUUGUUAAAAGGCCAUGAAGAUUUACGACAAGAUGAAAGAGUAAUGCAAUUAUUUGGUUUGGUCAAUACAUUACUUUCUCAAGAUCCAGAUAGCCAACGUCGUAAUUUAGCAAUUCAACGUUAUGCAGUUAUACCCUUAUCAACGAAUUCUGGAUUAAUUGGUUGGGUUCCACAUUGUGAUACAUUACAUACUUUAAUCCGAGAUUAUCGUGAUAAAAAGAAGAUAUUAUUAAACAUUGAGCAUAGAAUUAUGUUAAGAAUGGCACCGGAUUACGAUCAUUUAUCGUUAAUGCACAAAGUAGAAGUAUUUGAACAUGCAUUAGAACAUACGCAUGGUGAUGAUCUCGCUCGAUUAUUAUGGUUGAAGAGUCCAUCAAGUGAAGCAUGGUUCGAUCGGCGUUGUAAUUAUACUAGAUCAUUAGCAGUUAUGUCUAUGGUAGGUUAUAUAUUAGGAUUAGGAGAUCGACAUCCUUCAAAUUUAAUGUUAGAUCGACUUAGUGGAAAAAUUCUUCAUAUUGAUUUUGGUGAUUGUUUUGAAGUAGCAAUGACCCGUGAAAAGUUCCCUGAAAAAAUUCCUUUCCGCUUAACACGGAUGCUUGUAAAUGCAAUGGAAGUUACUGGAAUUGAAGGUACCUAUCGUCACACAUGUGAAUCAGUUAUGGCUGUCCUACGAAGAAACAAAGACAGUUUAAUGGCUGUUCUAGAAGCUUUUGUAUAUGAUCCAUUAUUAAAUUGGCGACUGAUGGAUGCUGCUGGUAGGGAAAAACGAUCUCGAGAGGCAGGAGAUUUGUCAGGAGUGGCUGUUGCAAAUUCACAGGAAACGAAUAUAUUAACGGGAUCACCUCCAGUACCACCUAGUUCAGCAACACCAGCUACAGAAGCUGAAUCAAUUCAACCAGAAGCUUUAAGUAAAAAAGCAGUAACAAUUGUUAAUCGAGUCAAAGAUAAAUUAACUGGACAUGAUUUUCAACAUGAUGAAGCAUUGACUAUAAAGCGACAAGUUGAUUUAUUGAUCCAACAAGCUACUAGCAAUGAAAAUUUAUGUCAAUGUUAUAUUGGUUGGUGUCCAUUUUGGUAAAUUUGAGGCAAAGUUGUCUUUAUCCUAGCAAGAAGAUGUAAAAACCACCAAAUUGGCCUUAAGAAAUUAGAAAGAAAAAAUGAAAUGAAUGAGAACAUUUUGUUAGUAAAAGCUUUGUAUCCUGUUUUUUAUUUGAUGUGCUCUGUGCUUUUAAUGUGAAUAUUUCAUCAUAGUGUGAAAAUUGUAAUAGUUAUGUCUAGUUCCAACACCUCCAAUUAGAGAGUUAAACGUUAUAGAAAUUAUAAGCAUUUUUUAAUAGUAUAUAAACGAAAUACCAGUAACUAACUGAUUCAUCACGAGAUCUCUAAAACUAUGCACCCGAUUGACUUGAAAUGGAGCAUAGUUACUCCUUUUGCGAUGUAGACGCUCACUAAGAACAGAUUUUUGGAAAUUAAACUCUUAAGAUGGUGAAAAAGAUAAUGAAAGUUUAUGGGUAACAUUAUAAUAGAUCAACUGAAAAACUAGUUACUUAACCGAAUUGAAAAAUUAUUUCACGUACAGAAAGCUUCAUUAU